AUUUAUUUCCCCACUCAAUUCCCCAUCAUCAAUCUCUCUUCUUUGUUCCUUCUUCUUCCUCUUCUUUCCUCUGCAAUGGUGCGAUCGCCUUGCUGUGAAAAGGAUCACACCAACAAAGGCGCAUGGACCAAAGAAGAAGACGAACGUCUCGUCUCCUACAUCAACGCUCAUGGCGAAGGCUCCUGGAGAUCUCUCCCUAAAUCCGCCGGUUUGAAUCGCUGCGGCAAAAGUUGCAGGCUCCGAUGGAUUAAUUACCUCCGACCUGAUCUUAAACGCGGCAAUUUCACCCCACAAGAAGAUCAACUCAUCGUUAGCCUUCAUGCAGUUCUCGGCAAUAAAUGGUCAAUGAUUGCGUCAAGAUUACCGGGAAGAACAGAUAAUGAAAUCAAGAACUACUGGAACACCCACAUCAAGAGGAAACUGGUUGUCAACAGCCAUAAAACCACCACCAAUGUCGUAAAAACCAUCGAGGAAACACGUCCGGCACCACCGGAAUAUUCGACAAAGAUUAUUGAUACAUCAACUAGCAGCGGCGGCGGCGGCGGUGGUGGUGGUGGUGUGAGUAGUAGUAGUACAACUAGCGGGUUAUCCAGUGAAGAAUCCAUACCAGUGACGAAUAUCACACACCCUGACAUCAACCUUGAGCUUUCCAUUGGUCUACCAAUGGUUUCUGAUCGGAAACCAGUGGUGGUGGUGCAACCACCGGUUUCUGCGUUUUCUUUGUAUAAAGAAAGGAUUGGUGAUGGAUGUGGAGAGACUGUGAGAAAUAGUGAUGAACACUUGUAUGUCAAAGAGCAUAGUAUUGGUUUUAGUUGGUUUUGGUAGGUUUGAUUUUUUUUUCAGCAGAUGUAGAUGAUAAUCAUAUUAAUUACUGUAUGUAGCUAAUUAGCUAUAAACUUUUUAGCCGAUUUUUUUUGGGCAUAAA